AUGUCGGAUGAUAAUCGUCCAAAAAAACGAGCCAGAAAAGCAUCACAUGAAUGUACUGUAAUUUUGGUUGAUGUUGGGGCAAAUAUGAACAAGGAAGGAGUUGCAAUCACAGACAUGGAGUUAGCAAAGGAUGCUGUAGAAUGGAUCAUAACAAGAAAGAUAUUCACCGAAUCAACUGAUGAUUUUACGUUGGUGCUUUUCGGUUCAGAGGUAACGCAGAAUCCAGUUACAGAUGAUGAAAAUAUCUUUUUUUGUGAAGAAGAGAUGCAGCAAGCCAAAAUUGAUUGGUUGCGACUUAUUGAUAAAGAAAUCAAGCCUAGUAAAUCAAUUACUGGUGACUUCCUAGCUGCGCUAAUUGUAGCGCUAGAUUAUAUGCAAAAACAUCUGGGAAACUAUCAGGAAAGGAAUAUUACUUCACGAAACAUUCUUUUGGUAACAAAUCUGGGUGGUUUUGACGGAAAUGUGAACAAAGAGUGCAUAGAAGCCAUUAUAAAUGGCUUGAAAGCACUUGAAAUCAAUUUCAGUGUUAUAGGUCCAUCAGUUGGAAGACUAAGCAAAGUUAAGGAAGAAGUCGUUUCAAGUGGAGAGUCAGAUAUGAAACCAGAAGAAAAAUUGUUUAAUGCAGUGGGAUCGUUCAAAAUGGAAUCAGCCGAAUGUAUAAUGACAAAUAUAUUGAAACAAACUGAUGGUGUCAUUUAUUCUUUUGCUGAAGCUUUGCUAGCGCUGCAACGUUUCGUACCUCGAAAAGUGAACUUGCGUAGUCAAAAAUUCGAUCUUGAACUGGGGGUUGAUUUGAAAGUGCCUUUACAAAUGUACAAAAAGAUUCAGACUACUGAUUUCAAACUUGCUGCAGAAAAGUAUACAUCGACAACCGACAUCCAGCUAAAACGCAAAACAGUGUAUGAGAAAUAUGUAAGAGAUGAGGAAGUUGAAGAUCGUAUAACCUCAGUAGAUGUUGAUGAUGGCCGCAGUAGUGACUUAUCUCAGGGUGGUUCUAAAAUGUUUGAAGGAGAAAUUGUAAAAGGAUAUAAAUUCGGAACAACAAUUGUUUCUUAUAAUGAAGAAGAUCAAAAAGAAUACGGGUGGAAACAAGAAAAUCGUUGCUUAAAGCUCAUACAGUUUACGAAAAAAUCUCAGAUAUUGGAGCAUUAUUUGAUGGAUGGUGGCACCUAUUACUUUAUUCCACCGGAUCAUGAUAAGAAUGCAUGCAUUGCUAUAUCAGCGCUUGUGAAUGCGAUGAUCGCUGAAGAUAGUGUUGCUCUAACUCGAUAUGUUUACAAUGCUGCGUCACAACCGCGAAUCAUGGGACUAUUUCCAAGAAGGAGUAAAAAAGGGAUCGAUAUGUUUGUGGGUAUUCAAUUACCAUUUUAUGAAGAUUUUCGUGGACUUGAUUUCCCACAACUGGAUAGUCUUGGAACUGAACCAAAAAGUGAUCAUCUGGACGCAAUGCUUGCAUUUGUUAAAGCAAUGGAUCUCACAAAGGCUCAUUUUAACUCGGAGACGGGACUGUUUGAGGAGUCUCUACGUCCACGUGAUGUACCCAAUCCAAAGCUGCAAAAUGUUUGCAAAGCCAUGAAGUAUCGUGCAUUGCAUCCAAAUGCUCCGUUGCCUGCUUUUGAGUAUAAGUUGCUGGGUAAUUUAUUGGAACCGAAUGGUUUGUUGCUGAAGCGUGCAAAUGAAUCAUUGAAUUAUUUGAAAGCUAAUCUUCCAAUGUUUGAAUCACCAAACAAGAAGCAGCACACAAAAGAAAUGAAGGAAGAAAUAUUACCUAGAAUGAGUGCAGAUAACAGUAUUUUACCAAGAAAUGGCAAAUUUAUAAAAACUGAUGAAGUGCAUGUAUGA